AUGGAAAUUUGUAGAAUGUUCUUGGACAUACUAACGAUGGCCGUCACCGUGAAAAAUGUCAAAUCUAUUAUUCCACUUCUCGAUCGCGUGCUUGUACAGCGUAUCAAAGCUCAACAGAAAACUGCUGCCGGCAUUUUGAUCCCCGAAAAAUCAUUAGAAACGUUGAACGAAGGAGAAGUUAUAUCCGUGGGCAAAGGUUCAUUGGAUAAGGAUGGAAAACACAUCCCCAAUCAAGUUAAACCAGGAGACCGUGUCCUCCUUCCCUCAUACGGAGGAAGUACCAUCAAAGUAGAUGAUGAGGAGUAUACUUUAUUCAGAGACUCGGAAAUCCUAGCCAAGAUCGAAAAGUCUUGA